UCGCAAUUACUCUAUUAGGUCUUCCCUAAAGAUUUGUUCACCACUAUGCUGGGCCAAGUCGUCGGAUCCGCCAUGCUCUUGGCCGCUACCGCAAUCUUUCUCUACUACACGGCCUGGACUCUUCUCAUGCCAUUUGUCGACCCGGACCACCCCCUCCAUGACCUUUUCCCUCCCCGAGUAUGGGCCAUCCGCAUCCCUGUCAUCCUUACUCUCCUCGGUUCGGCUGUGGUUGGUACAUUCAUCGGAAUCGUCAUGAUCAACAGCAACAAGAAGAAGGCGGCCAAGGCCAAGGCUGCGGCGGCGAAAAAGAAGACUUGAAGAUGUUGCAAUAGGCGCGAACUUUGGUGUGCGCGCGGGGGGAACCUAGAUGCAUCGGAACAGCUGUCAUAUACUUUGUAACAAUACACGUCAUAUCCCUUUUUUGAUCCCUGGAGUAUGCAUGCAUGCAACUUCCACGCUCUUCCCUACUACUAUA